CCUGACAUCUGCAAACACGAAUUAAUUUCAAAAUUGCAACUUUGCCGCAACAAAAACAAUAUUUAAAUAUUUAAUUGGCAAAGGCUUCACAUGGACGAGCGUCAGUUUUUUGUUUUGUUUUUUUUUUUUUCCUCCUUUGGGCAGAAGCGUUUUGGCGAUAUGGAUGUUAUGAACCACAAAGCUUUUCCUAUCUGAAAUAUAUACAUCUGAUCACGGAGUCGCGCUGUGGUUAAUAUCAUCGACAUGGACACAUUUUAUUCUAAGAAGCGGCUGCGCCCAGCUUUCUGUAAUUUCCAGCCUGCUCGCCGCUGUUAGGAGUGCUCCAGCACAAUAGAGAGGGACGCCGUCAUGAGUGCCAAAGCGAACACAGAGGCUCCACCCAAAGAGCCUGAGUCUGCGCCCAAGGAGCCCACGCCCUCGCCCCCCAGCGAGACCAUCCUCAUCUGCGGGAGCGACGCCGUGGCGAAGAAGGCCCGGCCUCCGCCGCACACCACCACAGCUCUGCUCCUGCCAGCUCCCGGUCAUCAGAAACUGGAAGUGACUCCAGCGGUUGCCGUGGGAAACCCAGUUAAAGGCGUCAGAGCCAAUGAGAUGGCCACGCCGGCCCUGACGGCUCAGGUGGGCGGAGCCUGCAGCAUCGUGCACGUCCUUGAGUGGAAGGAGGGGAUGGCCAUCCUGCCCAGUAGCAACCUCAAGUUCUGUGUGAGUGACGUGGGAACUCUGAGCACACUGAUCACCCCCGGGACCCCCAGCACCACAGCUGAACCAGCAGCGGCCGUGGCAGCAGGGACUUCUGGGAGAUCUGCUGACGCAGAAGGUGCUCCAGACAAGCCAGACGUGUCGACUCCUGCAAACUGUGUGCGAGCCGUGGAGCCGGAGAGGCUGGCGCCGGUCAAACCGGAGCUCCAGGUGGGACCGGGACAGCAGAACCACGAGCCCCGGCCUCCCAGGAGCUUCACGGAGGAGCUGCGUCGGGACCCCAUCCCCGACAAGAGGAGCGUCAGCGUGGAGAAGGUGCCGGCAGGCGGCAGGGUCUCCUCCCUCAACCCCGAUCACCUCAAGCCCAUGAGGAAGAGGAAGAGGAAGGAGUACCUGAGUCCGUCUGACGAAGACUCGGACAUGGAGGGAAUGGAUGAAAAAGGAGACGAUUCGAAAACAGAUGGCCGACACAUCAGAGGAGGUGGAGACAGUAAGGCGGAGCAGUGGACGUGGGCUCAGUAUCUGGAGGACACCAAGAGUGUGGCAGCUCCCAACAAGCUGUUCCAGGAGUCCCAGAGGGUGCCGACGGUGAAAAAUGGCUUUAAGCAGGGCAUGAAGCUGGAAGGCAUUGACCCGCAGCAUCCCUCCAUGUACUUUGUCCUCACCGUGGCCGAGGUCUGCGGUUACCGGCUGCGGCUCCACUUCGACGGCUACUCGGACUGUCACGACUUCUGGGUGAACGCCAACUCCCCCGACAUCCACCCCGCCGGCUGGUGCGAGAGCACAGGACACAAACUGCACACCCCCAAAGGCUGUAAGGAGGAGGAGUUUACCUGGACCAACUAUCUGAGGAUGACGAAAGCACAAGUGGCCCCCAAAGAACUGUUUGCCAGCCCCGGGAGGAUGGACGUGAAGUGCGGGUUCGAGACGGGAAUGAAGCUGGAGGCCGUCGACCGUAUGAACCCCUCCCUCAUCUGUGUGGCGACGGUCACUGACGUGGUGGACGACCGCUUCCUGGUUCACUUUGACAACUGGGACGACACCUAUGACUACUGGUGUGACGCCAGCAGCCCGUACAUUCACCCCAUCGGCUGGUGCCAAGAGAGGAAUUUGCCCCUCACGCCACCCCAAGAUUACCCAGACCAGAGCCGCUUCUCCUGGUCUCUGUACCUGGAGGAGACGGGUUCCCAAGCCGUGGCUCCUGAGUCCUUCAAAGUGCGGGCGGCCCACAGCUUCCAGCCUCAGAUGAAACUGGAGGCCGUGGACAAGCGGAGUCCAGGUCUGAUCAGAGUGGCCACUGUGGAGGAGGUGGAGACUCAUCGCAUCAAGGUGCAUUACGACGGGUGGAGUCACGUCUACGACGAGUGGAUGGACUCCGAUCAUCCAGACAUCCACCCAGCAGGCUGGUGUGAGGCGACCGGACACCCGCUCAAAGUUCCUCCCAGAGACUCCAAAAUGCAGCAACCCCACGGUGUCCGGGAGCUUCCUGCUGCGGGUCAGACCACCUACUCCUCCUCCGUUCCCUGUAAGCCCAUCAGCCACCCCAGAACCAAGUACAGCUUCCACAACAGGAAGUGUCCGACUCCUGGCUGUGACGGCUCAGGCCAUGUGACCGGCCGCUUCACCGCCCAUCACUGCAUAUCUGGCUGCCCGCUGGCCGAGCGGAACCAGGGCAGGCUGAAGGCCGAGCUGUCGGACUCGGAGUGCAAGAGAAACAUCUUCUUUGGCCAGAGGACCAAGAAGAAUCAUUACCGCGGCAGGAUCGGUCGUCCUCCAAAAUACAGAAAGAACCAGCAGAGAGAUUAUCAAAGUAUGUCCUCAGACGGUGUGUAUUCCUCGCUGUUCAUGUCGGCUCUGAGCGGCCAGUCCGACCGGACGCUCUCCCUGUGCUGGGAGCAGCACUGCAAACUGCUGCCCGGCGUUCAGGGCAUCCACGCCAGUCAGGUGGCCACAUGGAGCGUUGAAGAGGUUUUCAGGUUUGUCCAGAAUUUAAUUGGCUGUGAAGAACAGGCUCGUCUCUUCAAAGACGAGAUGAUCGAUGGAGAAGCGUUCCUGCUCCUGACCCAGACCGACAUCGUGAAGAUCAUGAGCAUAAAGCUCGGUCCCGCCCUCAAGAUCUCCAACGCCAUCCUCAUGUUCAAGAGCACAGACGAGGGACUGAAGUGAUCCCGCCUCCCCCCCACCCCCCCCCCUACCCCGCCCGCCAGGGGCCCCGCCGGGGGCCGCCUGUCAUCAUGUGCCAAAUUCAUUCUGUCGCAGGGGAAAAAAAGACCCUGAGCCCUUUUUCAUGUGUUUGGUGUCCCGUACCCAUCAGAGAGAGGAGGGAGGGGGGGAGGGGGGGGGGGGGGGGUGCGUGGUCCAGUCAGGGUUAUGGAAGAGCAAGUGAGAUAAAGGACGAACCUCAAGUGUUUAAAAAUCUGAGUGGAAAUGGAUGAAAUUAGAAAAAAGCUCAGGUGUUUAAGAGUGUUAUUAUAAUUUUUUUUGUUAAACAGACGUGUUGUUUUUCCGGUGUCAUACCUGUUUGAGCAACUUUACCAUCCUGCUGCUGCUCGCUGUAAACCUGUAAAAUCAGCUGCAACAGACGUGGGUUCAUAUUGUAAAGAGGUUUACCCAGGUUCAUGUCCCAGGAGAAAUCCCCUGGGAUCUGACCAAAGUCACCAGGCUGUAACUUCUGGGGGAGAGUAUGACUCAAAUAAGCUAUAUAGGAAACAAUAUUACAGACAUGACGUUUUCAAAAGAGAGUAGAAAAGUAUAUAUGUGUCGGACAAAAGGCAAGCGAUGAGCGGACUCAGUGGGGGGUGGCGCUGGCAAAAGUUAGGUGGGGUGAGUGUUACUGGUCAGUGAAGCUGAAAGCUUCACAUUAUGUGCAAUAAAAGAAAUUAAGACAGAAGUACUGUAUUUAGUAACAGUUAAUAUUACAGCUCCGCGUUUAUCAGGCAAUUUGCUGCACUGUAACAUUAUUAAAUGAAAUUAAAUAAGCUGCUUUAUCCCGACUGUUGGACAAAGUGUUGAAGUUUGCGGGCGGUGGAAGGAAACCUCAUGUUACUCAAGUAUUUGUGUUUACUGCCUCAAACUGUCUUCUCACUGCACCAUUAAUGUGAAAACUUCAAAGACUGAGGAGCUGUAAUGUUUGAAAUGUUACCCUCUGCAACACAGUAGUUUGAGUUUUUAGCUCUCUGUGUAAAAAAAAGAAAUCUGAAUUAUUUUUUAGUGAUUCUUAAUAGAUGAGAGAGACUCUUUGCAUUGGCAUCUCAGCACAACUGUGAAAACUCUACUGUAUUUUACACAAUGAUGUUCCUGCACUUGGUCACUAGAGAGUGCAAAAAUCCACAUUUUAUCUCUGGAAACAGGUUCCUGGCACACAGACACAGCCGGUGGAGCUCCCUGCGGUUUACACGCGACUCCAUUCAGACUGUGCUCUUUGAAAUGUUUACAUUCUGUGUCAAAGUCGCUU